CGAUAGAGAAGGUUGCGGGUGUGAGUACCACCUUGGGUACUCACUUUCUGAUUGCUUUGCCGCCUGUAACAGUCGGAGACGCUGGGUCGUGGGAGAUCUCGUUUUUUCUUUUCACUCUCUCUGUCAAGGAUGUUGAGGUAGAGGUGACAACUCCGUGGUUCGAUCCAGAUCCCAUGAAUGUCAAAAAGACCAUAAAGCGACUUGAAGUUGUCGAUGUUCUCAUAGAAACCAGAUUUUUGUCUAAGGACUUCCAAAUAGGAAAGAAAUUCAGCUUCCGUUUACAAGGGACUGGAAAAUUUGGUCUUAUUGUUUUCGUCGUUCUUUCAAAAUAUGUAGCCGACUCCUUUAUCGGGCUUCCCGUAGAGGGCUGGAGCCAAAAAUAUAUUGUGGUCGCCUCAUGGCAAAAUCCAUCUUUUCAAGUUUUAACUGUAGAAGAAAAUGAAAUUACAAUCAAUCUAAAAAUGUCGCCUGGAACUUCUUUUAGCUACUUGGACAAAACAUUUUCCGAUGCUGGCACAUUAAAAGUUACUUUAAAAAAAUUUGAAGCAUUUGGUUUAUCAAAAUGCAAAGGUAAUCUUGUUGUGCAGAGCUCCCUAACUGGGACCACAGUUGAAGGGAAAAAUCCGAUUGGUUUGAUCAGUGGCGACUGCCUGUCCUACACAGACGUCAUUAGUUGUGAAACGAUGCAAAUUAUUCCGGACGUUGUCGGUUCCAGGGACUUGUUUCUAGAGAUGUUGACCCCGGUGGUAUCUUUUGGCAAGGAGUUUAUUACGGUGGUGAUUACCCGGCAUACGCCGGUGUUUAACAUGGUCAUCUCAUCAGAGGACUCCACAACUAUCACAAUCUCUGAGGGUGGUGGCUCCAAUUAUCCCCCCGUAUUCCUGGCCAAAGCUGGGGAUUCUGCUAUUCUCCCUUUUCAAGAUUCGCGCGCCUUCAGUAGCAAUAAGCCCAUCCAGGCUUUCUUCGUUCAAGCGAGCUCUUGCCAUUAUGCCGGUUACAUUGAAGGAAAAAACGAAAUAAGAGAGGACGAAGGAGACGGCUCCUUAAGCAAUCUGGUUGCUACCAAUUUGUUUUAUGACAGCUAUAUAUGGAGCACACCAUUUUCAAGAACAAUGACACCCAAUAAUUUUUUUGUUGCGGUUGUAAAAAGUGAAGAUUUAAAUUUUUUACGUUUGGAUAGCGCAGAACUAACUGAGACGACCAAUACGCCUGUGUAUGGAAGCACCCACUACAUAGUUGUCAACAAGGGCGUCACCCAAGGCUCACACAAUCUGUACGGGGUGAAAACCGUUUUUUUUGGCUGUUACCUUUACGGAGUGGCUAAGUACUACAGCUACACGAACCCUGCGGGGUACAUUUCGGCGGAGAUCAACAAGGUAUGCGUGCUAAAUCCUAAAGUGGACCCAGGGGACUUAAUCGACAACGACUGUGACGGGCAUAUAGAUGAAGAGGUUGCCAACGGACUAGAUGAUGACAUGGACACACGGAUAGAUGAAGACCUAUCUAAACCACCUAGAACUGAUGGACAAUGGAAUACCUGGACUGAAUGGGAGUGUGUACUGGAGUGUGGCAAAUACGGACACACACGCUCAAGAGCGUGCGACAACCCACCUCCUGUGAGCGACGGAGAUGAUUGCCAUGGAGAAACACAGCUUCGUAGAGAUUCGGACUGUGGCAAGAAUGUCACGUGCCCGUCAGAGUGCACCUUCGGUCGAUGGUUUUGGGACUGCACGAGGUCGUGUGAGAACUGUGAUGGGGACUGCGACAAGUUUACCGGGACCUGCUCCAGGUGUAAGACGGGAUAUGGAUCGCCAGAACUCUCGUGCAGCCAGUUUUGCCCAGCAUACACAUUUGGCGCCAACUGUUUGGGGAGGUGCAUGGAGAAAUGUGGGGCUGAAUGUUUGGAUAAAGUGGAGGGAACUUGCCCACCCACUGAAACUAAUAACAAAAGGUACCUGUGGUGGCUGGUUUUACUCAUCCCGAUUGCCGCUUUUAUCAUGUUCAUGGUUAGCAAAAGGAAAAUAACCCAUGGCAUGGGGGAAGAAAGUUCCUAUAUGGAUGAGCCCGAGGAUCAACAGCCAGCCAUUGAGCUCCCUAUGUAACUCUUGAGUUCAAUCGUCUCUCAAGACAACAUAGUCACUAGAGACUUCAAGAUGCUCGCUGGAUUUCGUUUUAUAAA